GUCAGCCGCUCCCCAUUCCUCAGCAGGUGCAGUUGAUUGGCGCAAUGGAGCACGACCCGUCAAGUCCCGACCCAAUUCUCUUACCAGGAAACUUGACGUUCAAGCGGUGCUCACUUCCCGCCGUCCGCGUUGUGGGCUGGGUGAGCGCUUAGGCCAAAGACCACUACUUGCUUUUUGAUUCCGGGAUUAUUAAAAUGAGUCCUCGUCUUAUGGAAUGUGGAUCAUGAGCGAGGAGACGGGAUUCCCCAAAACUGUUUCCGUCUGUACUCCUCACACAGAAUGACUUGCUGUGAUUGACGGCCGUGCCAUGGAGAUCCAGAAGAGGUUUUCUGCGUGUUGGCAGAGUUUUCUAGCAUGUUUUAAAAAGCCGAGUCAGUCUGGAGGCCAGGCCAGGCGUGAGCAGAAACCUGCCGCGGCUUUUGAAAACCCCAGUGCUGAUGAAAACACAGAGCCAGACUUCCAUUCAAAAAGAUCUUUACCGCCGCUGCCAGUGGAGAAGGCAGUGGACUUUUACAUCGCCCUGUAUGAUUACUCCGCCCGCACCGAGGAGGACCUGAGCUUCAACACUGGGGAUACUUUAGAGGCUCUGGACAAAAGUACUGGUGAUUGGUGGUUUGCCAAAGCCCUCACCGGGGUUUCAGCCUCCAAACAGGGAUACAUCCCUGCUAAUUAUGUGGCGCCUGUGGAGAGUAUUGAUGCAGAACCAUGGUAUUUUCCCGACACCAAGAGGCAGGAUGCGGAGAAGAUGUUGCUGGCUGGAGGGAACAAGCAUGGUGCCUUCCUCAUCAGAAAUUGUGAAAGUCAGAAAGGAGAGCUCUCCCUCUCAGUGCUGGACAGUGGGAGGGUGAAGCAUUACAAACUGAGGAAACUAGAGAAUGGUCACUACUUUGUGUCAAGGACGAGAUCCUUUCAAACACUGAAGGAGUUAGUGGAACAUUACUCCAGACUGGCUGAUGGCCUCUGUGUGCGUCUGGGUGAACCAUGCAAAAAGAUGGAAGCACCACAGACUCAUGGUCUGUCCUACAACACAGUGGACCAAUGGGAGAUUGACCGCAACUCCAUCAGGCUGCUGAGGAAGCUGGGAGCCGGUCAGUUUGGUGAAGUCUUCGAGGGCCUGUGGAACGAAACCACAGCAGUCGCAGUGAAGACCCUCAAACCUGGUACCAUGGAUCCUGAGGACUUCUUGAGAGAGGCUCAGAUCAUGAAGAGGCUGCGGCACUCCAAGCUGAUCCAGCUGUAUGCCGUCUGCACCAUGGAGGAUCCCAUCUACAUCAUCACAGAGCUAAUGAAGAACGGCAGCCUGCUGGAAUACCUCCAGAAGGAUAAGGGUACCACGCUGCGUAUCUCUGACCAGAUUGAGAUGGCUGCGCAGGUGGCAUCAGGAAUGGCUUUCCUGGAGUUACAGAACUACAUCCACAGAGACCUGGCAGCCAGGAACGUCCUGGUGGGGGAGAACAACAUCUGCAAGGUCGCUGACUUUGGCCUUGCCAGGGUCUUCAUGAAAGAGAAUGAGAAUGUGUACGAAGCUAAAGAAGGCACAAAAUUUCCUGUGAAAUGGACCGCUCCAGAGGCCAUCAAUGAAAACAAGUUCACUAUAAAAUCUGAUGUUUGGUCCUUUGGAAUUUUGCUGUAUGAGAUCAUGACAUUUGGCCAGAUGCCUUACCCAGCCAUGACAAACUACCAGGUGGUCCAGAGGGUUCCCCAGGGCUACAGGAUGCUGUGCCCCCCCAAAUGCCCCAGAGUCAUGUAUAACAUUAUGAUGGACUGCUGGAAGGAAGAAGAACAGGACCGGCCCACGUUUGAGACCCUGCAGUGGAAGCUGGAGGACUUCUUCGACCUGGAUGUGACCUCGUAUGACGAUGCCAGCCGUUAUUAGCAGCACACUGACCAGGCUGCGGCAUGUGGAAAGAGAGGAACAAAAAAAAAAAACUCUGUACGCACCAAAACAAAAUCAAACUCACUUGAAUACAAACAUGAAGGUACGCUGAUAUUUUUAUAAAGUAACAGAUUCAAAUGUAAUUUAAAAUUCCUCUCACAGCAGUCAAAUGAAGGAUCUAAAAUCUUUGAUAUGCAUGUGAUAGAAUACUGUGCAACUGAGGAAGAUUUUCCCACAGCAGCAGUUGGUCUUCCUUUGUGUGACAACUGAAUGCACUUUCAGGCAGGCUGUCCGUCCAUCUCGAUGAACCAGUCCGUCUUGCACUCAGCAUAGCACACAUAGUUCCCGCCGGCUACCUGCCGAGCUAUUCCUGGAAGGUACCCGAGAGUAUCUGAGCAAUGUUCACUUACUAGCUCUGUCUGUUUUGCUUUGUGUCUUAGAGAGCGAGACUGAGUGAGUGGCUGGUGCUGGUCAUCUCACACAUUCCUGAUUGCAUUUGUAUGGUAACUAUCACAGGUGAUCCUAACGUUAUUCAAAGGCGGGCGACUACCUUUGGCCCUAGUAGCCAGAGAGGCCCACUAAAUCAAAAAGAGCAGCAGUGUCAGUGAUGAUUCUCUGUGGGUGCAUCGCUACGAGCAACCCUUUUCACAUUACAUGUAGUACUUCCAGCUUUUCCACUGUUAUUAUGAAAUAUUGAUUAAAGCAAAUUUCAGGGAUAUCAAGUACAUCUGCCUUACUCCAUCCAAAAUCACAAAAAAAGUGCAUUGGAUUUUUCAUGGUCUGACAACUUUUCGACGUUGCCUUGCACUGCAUUGACGCAAACACUCAAAUGUAAAAGUGUAGAAGCAGGAUCUGAAGCCGUAGGGGGUUGUGUUUCCUCCGAUAGGGUAGGGAGCAGCACGCAAAGUGGUAGAGGCAGGCUAGCGGUUAUGUUUUGUAAGGAGAUGCCUACAAACAAUAAAGCCUCAUCUUAUUGUGGAGCAAGCAAACAGUGGAAGUUGGAUAAUCUAAACCUACUGCAUGAGCUGCUUGGAGCAAAUGCAGUUUAGUUUUGAUUUUGGAUGGAGAUACAUGAAUAUGCCUCAGACUUUGCCCAUUAAACAUUGUUGUAUUAUCUUUGGCGUCCCUUAAACAUAUGUUAAAGAUUGUUUAACAUUACGUUGUGUUAAAUUGUAGCACAAGUUAUUAUUUUUAGUGCACAUAGAAAUUAUUUUUUUCCUUGAUACUGGCUGUGCCACAUAGUUUUGGCAGUCCAGUGGCUGGAUGGGUUUUUUUUUGUUUUUUUUUCCUUUUUCCUGGGCCUCUAAAUCAACUAGUCUUCCCACAGUAGCUGCCUUGCAGCAACACACCCUAAACCAAAGUCCUCUCACACCUGUCUGCUUUUAUAAGAGAGUACACUUAGUUAAAUGCAUUUUAUUUGUUAGUCUUACUCAUGUGGGACCUACAGUCUAAUGGCUCGAUGACUGAACAAUGUUACACUGGACUUUUU